AUGUUUUCAAGGAAGCACUUUUCAUCAGGAUUGCAGAGGGGUGAUUGGACUGGCUAUCCCUAUUUCAAUGGUUGUGUCUUCCUUGCCUUUGAGGCAUAUGAAAGGAAUGGCUGCUAUGGUCCACAUGUAGUUGAGCUCCCUACUCUUCUCGAACAUGUCCGUACAUGUGUUGGCUGCUUGAUCUUUCGUCGCGCCAUCGAGAAUCUUACGCCUCACUUGCUCCAAGAAGGCCGAUACCAAAGCUGCAUCCUUUGUAUGACGGGUGGCUAUGACCCUGACAACCAAUGGAAUGGUAUAUUGACCGUCCGGAUUAUCGAAAAUGAGAUGGACGAUGGAAGCAAGAAGUUUCAGCUCUUUCGCAGAUCGACGGUUGAGCCAUUUUUUGAAGAAAACUAUGACUACAGCGGGGAAAAACGCAACAGGUUUGCCCAGUCUCUCCAUGUGGUCGAGGAUUCCUCAUCUCAGGCUGCUUUUGAUCGGGCCGCAAAGUGGCUAGCUCAUUGCGUCGAGAAUGACAAGGCCUGCGAUCCCCCAGAUGACGAAUUCAUGCCAAUGCACCUCAUCAAUGUAGGAUCGGCCUCCCAGUCACCUUUUCUAUUCAGGACCACCGGGACUCGCCAGCCUUAUGCUUGUUUAAGCUACUGCUGGGGACCUGGCUCGGAUGCCAUCCUGAAGACGACAACGUCAAACAUCGAGGACCAUUACCAGAAGAUCCCAGAGUUUGCAAUGCCCGAGGCUAUUCGAGACGCGGUUAGGGUGUGCCGGGGACUCAAGAUCCCGUUUCUCUGGGUUGACUCCCUUUGUUUAGUUCAGGAUGACACCGAGGCUUGGCUCACAGGCGCAGCACAAAUGUCCCAAAUCUACCUUAAUUCGCACCUUACGAUUGCAGCGCUAGAACCAGGAACAUGCCGGGCUUCUUUCCUAGGCCCGCAGAAGUUUGGUGAUAGAAAUUGGCAACGGCUUGUGAGGCCCGUGGCCCUUGAUGAGGCUGCUGAUCAGGGACAUGACCUGCUCAUUCGACCUAACUCCGAUGCGUCGCCAAGGGAUUCACCGUACUCUCUUGACAAACGAGCAUGGUGUCUGCAGGAAAGCAUGCUGCCAAACAGAAGACUGUGCUUUGACGGAAACGAAAUGAUAUGGGAAUGCCUAUGUCGGCAGCUCUGUGAAUGCGGUCACACCAUUCGCAAACCACUCACAAUCCGUCAUGUGGAGAAUGGGGCGGCUCUUAAGGUGAAUCGCCUCAAGGCCACUCCUAUACUCUCUGAUCCUAGACCUCAUUCGUUCGGAAGGGAUCACGUAAGCGAAUACUCUGCCACAUGGGGUCAUAUUCACGAGAUGAGGACCACGUGGAGACGACUAGUCGGGGUGUAUUCCCGUCGACAAAUGACGAGAGGAGAUGACAAGCUCAGAGCCAUUGCGGGUCUGGCAAAGAUCUUCGCAGAAAGGUUCCAAAAUGAGGGAGCCACAAAUAACAAUGACGAGUACCUGGCUGGAUUGUGGAAGCAUGAGGUUCAUCUUGAUCUGUCCUGGGCCGUCACGAGCCUACCGUCCGAGCUGGAAGAUACGGCCUCGAGAUCUGGCAGCGAGGGGCCCCGGUGGAACGUGCCGACUUGGUCGUGGGCGUCUACUCCAGGGCACAUUGCGUACGACUCUGAACAGGCGCGUGUUUCCUGGAAGUACACGCCUCAAGCUACAGAUGCCUGCCAACUCGUGGAAGCACACUGUGAGAGGGAAAACGCACACGAUGAAAUGAGUGCCGUUAUCCAGGGUCGCCUGUCCUUGCGAGGGGCUCUCGUACAGGUUGAGCUCCUCGCUGAGGUAGAGAGCACUGAGACUUUGGGUGUACCACACCAUUUCGAAAUGAGAAUCACUCGUGACCAGGGCUGUGCUGACCGUGUCGCAUGGGCAAGAUCUAGCAAUGAAAAGGUCAACAGGGUUCUACUCGAUCACCAGAAGCAUCAAGUUGGGUUGCAGGAGGGGGCUUCUAGGGAGCCUGUAGUCGGGGCGGCAGGGGAAUACUACUGUUUUCGUAUUUUCAGCUGGGUGGCGGACACAGGAAAGGUUUAUGGUGGAGAGAGGCAGUUCAUGGGCCCGGAAACCUGGUUCUUGGUCUUAAAGAAGUCCCAGAGGGUCAAGGGCGCGAUGGAGAGAAUUGGCAUUGGCAGCGCUGAGACAAGCGAUUCUGAGCCGUGUCCAGUUUUCGAGGAGUAUGAGAAGACAACUAUCAGUAUUGUAUAG